AUGGCGCAGGUCGAUACACUUGAUCUCAUAGUGCUUGCACUCCUGCUCGUUGGCAGUGUAGCAUACUUUACAAAAGGCACAUAUUGGGGAGUUCCCAAAGACCCAUAUGCCGCGUCUGCCAUGAAUGGCAGUGCAGCCAAAAAAGGCUCACGAAACAUCCUCGAGAAGAUGGACGAGUCAGGCAAGAACUGUGUGAUAUUCUACGGCUCUCAGACAGGAACCGCCGAAGAUUACGCCUCUCGACUCGCAAAAGAAGGCUCUUCACGCUUCGGUCUGAAGACCAUGACAGCCGACCUCGAAGAUUACGAUUACGAGAACCUAGAUCAGUUCCCAGAGGACAAGAUUGCUUUCUUUGUCAUGGCAACGUACGGUGAAGGCGAGCCGACCGAUAAUGCGGUUGAGUUCUGGGAAUUCAUGAACGCUGAGCCACCCUCCUUCUCCGAAUCCUCCGAGGACAAGCCACUGCAGAACCUUAGAUAUGUCGCAUUCGGCCUGGGCAACAACACUUACGAGCACUACAACUCCAUGGUCCGAAAUCUCGACAAGAUUCUGACAGGCCUCGGUGGCAAGAGAAUUGGAACUGCUGGCGAAGGCGAUGACGGUGCUGGAACUAUGGAGGAAGAUUUUCUUGCCUGGAAAGAGCCGAUGUGGACUGCGCUGGCCGAAGAUAUGGGUCUGGAAGAACGCGAGGCUGUAUACGAGCCCGUGUUCAGUGUCGACGAGCGUGAUGACUUGUCCCCCGAGGACGACACCGUCUAUCUCGGCGAGCCAAACAAGAACCAUCUCGAAGGCACCCAGAAAGGACCAUUCAACGCCCACAACCCGUACAUUGCGCCUAUCGCCGAAUCUCGCGAACUGUUUACUGUCAAGGACCGAAACUGCCUGCACGUCGAGAUUGAUGUCUCUAAUUCCAACAUCUCUUACACAACCGGUGACCAUAUUGCUGUGUGGCCCACCAACGCAGGCAUGGAAGUCGAUCGUUUCGUCAAGGUUUUCGGACUUGAAGAGAAGCGCGAUCGUGUCAUUUCGAUGAAAGGUCUUGAUCCAACUGCGAAAGUGCCGUUCCCAACGCCGACUACCUACGAUACUGCAAUUCGUUACCAUAUGGAGAUUUGCGCUCCCGUCUCACGUCAAUUCAUCUCAACACUAGCCGCAUUUGCACCCAAUGAAGAUGCCAAGAAGGAGAUGACCAGACUUGGGUCUGACCCGGACUACUUCAAGGAGAAGAUCGCUUCUCAGUACAUGAAUAUCUCCCAGGCCUGCGCGUCCGUAUCUUCGGAGCCGUGGUCUGCGGUGCCGUUCUCAUGUUUGGUGGAGACUAUCAACAAGCUCCAGCCCAGAUACUACUCCAUUUCGUCCUCAUCUGCCGUCCAGCCAAAGAAGAUCUCUGUGACAGCUGUCGUUGAAUCAAUCCGCAUUCCGGGAGCUGGCCACGUCGUCAAAGGAGUCACUACCAACUAUUUGCUGGCACUGAAGCAGAAGCAGAACGGUGACCCGUCUCCUUCGCCACAUGGGCUGACUUACAACAUCACUGGACCUCGCAACAAAUACGAUGGCUUCCAUGUGCCUGUCCACGUCCGUCACUCGAACUUCAAACUGCCUUCUGAUCCCUCGAAGCCUAUCAUCAUGGUUGGUCCAGGAACUGGAGUUGCUCCUUUCCGAGGGUUUGUUCAGGAACGGGCUGCAGCUGCUAAGAAGGGCGAGAAUGUUGGCAAAACUGUUCUGUUCUAUGGUUGCCGCAGGCGAAGCGAGGACUGGCUGUACAAGGACGAGUGGGAUCACUUCCAAGAAGCCCUUGGCGACAACUUGGUCAUUUUCAACGCGUUCUCUCGAGAUCAGGAAAAGAAAGUGUAUGUUCAGCAUCUACUCAAGGAGAACGGCACACUCGUCAACGAACUACUCCAGAAAAAGGCCAACUUCUAUGUCUGUGGCGAUGCAGCCCACAUGGCUCGCGAAGUAAAUGAUGUCCUCGGCCAAAUUAUUGCCAAGGAGCGUGGUGUUGACGAGAAGAAGGCAGAACAGACCGUCAAGAGUAUGAGGAGUAGCGGGGUCUAUCAAGAGGAUGUCUGGUCGUAG